AAACAAUGUAACAUUUAUCUUUAUUAAAAAAAAAACAAUAUAUAUAGUAUUCGUAUGUAGUACCAAGGGAACUUAUGCUCUACAUUUUGACUGUAUCAAUUUCGAAUUAAUAAAAGUAGAUACGUUGAAAAAGAAAAAAGAAAAAAAAAGAAUCCGGCUUGUUUCACGCCGCCUUGUUUCUAUAGGAUACACCCACUACCGUCUUCUCUUUCUUCUUCCUUCCCGAGGCCAAUCUGUGCAACAACUUACUAUCUCUCUCAUCCAAAUAUCGAAGCGACAUCGUUUUCCAGGUUACUCCACAGUCACAUCCAUGUCCAGGGAAGGAGACACCACCCUCAAGUCUAUCUGCUACAAGCCUGGCUCUCUCCGAUUAAUUGAUCAGAGGAAGCUUCCUUUGGAGACCACUUACUUAGAGAUCCGUGAUACUACAGAUGGAUGGAGUGCAAUUCAGGAAAUGGUGGUGCGUGGUGCUCCUGCUAUAGCCAUUGCUGCAGCUCUUUCUUUAGCUGUUGAAGUUUUCAACUUUAAUGGUUUUGAUGGAUCAUCUGAAGAUGCUGUUGCUUUUCUGGAGAAGAAGUUAGAUUAUUUAGUGUCAAGCCGACCCACAGCAGUUAAUCUUGGAGAUGCUGCAUUGAAACUUAAACAGGUUAUAGCAAAGGCCUUGGCUACUACUACCAAUGAGCCCAAGUCCAUUUUUAAGGCAUAUAUUGAAGCUGCUGAGAAUAUGCUCGAAGAUGAUGUCGCUUCAAAUAAAGCAAUAGGAACGUUUGGUUCAAGCUUAUUGAGGCAGCAAGCUAAAAAUCCUGACAAGCUUUCUGUUCUGACCCAUUGCAACACUGGCAGCCUUGCUACUGCUGGAUAUGGUACUGCCCUCGGUGUUAUCCGUGCACUCCACACUCAAGGAGUCUUAGAAAGAGCAUACUGCACAGAAACUCGUCCGUUCAAUCAAGGAUCGAGACUUACAGCGUUUGAGUUGGUGCAUGAGAAAAUCCCUGCAACUCUCAUUGCAGAUUCAGCUGCAGCUGCACUGAUGAAAGAUGGUCGUGUAGAUGGUGUCAUCGUUGGAGCAGACCGCGUAGCUUCAAAUGGUGAUACUGCUAACAAGAUUGGGACUUACAGUCUCGCCCUUUGCGCAAAACAUCACAAGAUCCCGUUUUAUGUUGCUGCACCUCUAACCUCGGUUGAUCUUUCGCUUUCGUCCGGGAAAGAGAUCGUUAUAGAGGAAAGAUCGCCAAAGGAGCUUCUGAAUACACAUGGAGGACUUGGUGAACGCAUAGCAGCACCAGGGAUCUCUGUUUGGAACCCGGCUUUUGAUGUGACUCCAGCUGAGCUAAUUGCAGGAAUCAUAACCGAGAAGGGAGUGAUAACAAAGAAUGGUAAUGAUGCAUUUGACAUAAGCAGCUUUGCUCAAAAGUAGUCAGCAUUGCGAUUUGCAGAUAUUUUUUCUCCUCUCUAUAACUUGCAAUAAAGCAACACUACGUUGUAACACAAACAAUGAGCGUUGUAAUGUUUUACCAUUACAAACAGGGAGUUAUGUAAUGGUAAAGAUUGUCUGUAGCUUAAUCUAUCUAUUACUACUAAAAGUUAAUGAUAAAUGCCUCUAAAGAUGUUCACAUAUGAUUUAAAAGGUUCAAUUCUAUUAGUACACAUCAUCAUUUAUAA